AUGGCCUAUGAUGGCCUGAAAACACCUGGCGGCCUAGGCACCUCCAACUUCCAGCUUUUGGAACUGCAUGUUGGUGACCUCAACGACACCGAUCGCCAGAUGGCUGUGGGCGAUGACAUGUGGCCCUCUCGGCGCUUCUAUAUGAACCAGGAGGUCUCGGAGUUUGAUCCUGAGGAUCCAACCUCCCCCGUUUACACUUACACGCUGAUUUCCAAUGGCAUCGGUGUGGGCCGUCGCUUCUCUGGUGCCUACGCUGGCUUGACGACCUAUGUGGGCGAGUCUGGCACCGCAUUUUCUGCAGCCGCUGUGAAUCAAGAAAACGUCCUGUUUCUUGGGAAAGCAACUGCUUUUCCGAUGGUCUUAACAACGCUCCUGUUCCUGGAAUCAAUCUGCCUCGGUGCAUCUCUAAGCGUUCCAGAAGUUGCAGCACCUGUGGGACGCAUUCGGGGCAUCAGUGAGGGCCAGGUUCAUGUCUUCCGUGGGAUCCCAUAUGCAGAAGCUCCCGUGGGUGCCCUGCGCUGGCGACCCCCCAAGCCCAUCCAGCCCUGGCAGAGCGUCCAUGAUGCUUCGCGAUAUCGGAGCUACUGCAUGUCGAUCAAGUCCAAAGACGUGUUAACCAAGGGAGGCAGCGAGGAUUGCCUAUAUUUAAAUGUCUAUGCGCCUUCCGAAGCCCAAAGAAACACGUCUCUGCCUUGCUUGGUGUGGAUCCAUGGCGGUAGCUUUGAAACGGGCUCCAGCAAUGACUACAACGCCACAAAGUUGGUGAACUUUUGGAGGUCUCAACAGAGCUACGCCUUGGUUGUGACUCUGAAUUAUCGGCUGAACGUCUUCGGCUUCCUAGGCAGUGACCAGUUGCGGGCUCGUGAUGUGUCGCGCUCCACGGGGAACUAUGGUAUGCAAGAUCAGCGUAUGGCCCUUCGCUGGGUUCAAGAGAACAUUGCAGCUUUUGGCGGUAAUCCGAAUAAGGUGAUGAUCUUCGGUCAGUCCGCGGGUGCAGGCAGCGUCUCCUGCCAUCUGGCCAUGCCUUUGUCCAAUGGUCUCUACAGUGGAGCCCUGAUGGAGUCGGGUGGAUUUGCCGGGUGGUCAGCACAGAACAUGCAGCACAAGGAGCUUUGGUUCGGGAAGCUCAUGAAUCACACCAAGUGCCGCACGGUCGAAUGCCUGGUGACUCUUCCUGCUGAUGAACUGUUGUCUGCGUAUGUGGCCAUUCCGCACGGCAGGUGUUGUGAAGACAUGAUGGCAGCGCCUGGUAUCCCCUGGGCCCCGACCAUUGAUGGUGUUGAGCUCCCAGAUCAUCCGCUCCAGCUGUUGAAGCAGCAGAGGGUGAACCAUGUUCCAACAGUUACUGGAAUUACGUUGGACGAUGGUUCAAGAUUCUUUGAGCAGUACAACCUGAGCUUCACAGACUUUGUGACACUCUUCGAAGACCAAUAUGAGUCUUCAAGAGGGCAAGCGGAACUGUACAGGUCCGAAUCCCAUGUAUCUUUGCCUGGCUAUAGUGAUGGUUGGUGGUCUGCUGAGCGGGCAGUCACCGACCAGAAUUUCUUUUGCCCCAGCCAUUUUGCAUGGCGAAGCCUGGCGGUCACGGGUUCCCCGGUCUUUGGCUAUCUCUUUGCAUCUUCGAGUGAUAGCCCCAUUGUGCACCACUCCAGCGAGUUGCCAUUUCUCUUCAUGAAUUUGACGGAGAAUGCUUCGUUGGAAGAGUGGCAGUUGGCAGAGGAAGUGGCUAUGUCCUGGUAUCGCUUCGCAGAUGUGGGCCAUCCGGGUGGCCAUGGGGACCGCUGGCCCGUCUGGCCCCAGUCUGGGGAGGCGCCCAUUCUGAAGUUUCAGGUGGCAUCGAAAGGUGGUACACAGGUGAUCGAUGGAAACCAGCGAGACUUCAUCAGCAGCAGCCCGCAGACGGCCUUCCAAACCACGGAGGUAUCUCGCCUAGACACGUGCGAGAUGCCCAUAGAGACUGGAGACGAUGUUCGACGCUUGCAGGGCGAUGGAGAUGGGGAUGGGGAUAGCGAGGCGGGCAACAUCACUACUGUGGCUCCUGAUGUGAUGGUGCUUCCCAGCAAGAUCCUUUGCGGCGACAACACGCAGAUCAGCCCAGGGCGGGUGAAGAUGAGCCUCUAUGGAUAUACCUGGGGAAAGAACUGGGAAAGCGAUGUGGCCGGGCAAGACUUGGUCUUUUUUCGCUGGCGGCUGUGCUUUGAAAGCAGAAGUUGGUACAUCAACCAAGUGCUGAACGGUGAAGGAAUCCUUGGGACCGGUGAGAGGGUACAUGUGCUCGACAUGCAACAGGAAGAUGGUCGACCUUUGGUGUAUUGGUUUCCAAGAUUCUAUACGUCUGGUGAUCAUUUGGACUGCACCUUUGCACAAGAUCUCCUGUACAACCUGCCGAAGUGGGAAUGUCCCAACACGCAAACGAUCGGAGCCGUCCAUGUCACUGCCUCCCCAGCAGGUGCAGCAUGUGCCCAAGACGGCCUCAUCGUGAACAUUGGACUCCCUCUGGACCAGCUGCAGAAGAAGGAUCGAUGGUUUUUGUACACCAUGGAGGCCCUUCUUUCUCUGGAUCCGCAGCAGUCUUUGAUCUUGACCUCGUCCAGACUUUGGGCAGGUGACAUUGUGACUGGACUCCUGCCCAGAUAUGCCCAGAACUUUGUGGAAUCGGUCCUUCAAAACAGUCCCUCCUCCGGAAGUGAUGCCGAGGAAACGCCCAAGACAGCCAGCCGGGGCGACGACUCGCCGCGAAAGGGCUCGCCGGAACAGGAACUGCGACAACGAGGCCGGAGUUUGUUGCCCUUCUGGCGUCCAACCACAUCUCAGGCCUUUGCCACGGAGGUGGACCAGCUGGGUGACUCCGAAGCCUCGGAGCUCUUGAUCUCGGGGCAGCUGAUCCGCGUGAAGGGCUGGUGGCGCAAGGGCGCCCGCUUUGAACAGCACUCCGCGGAGGUGCGCCGCGCGGGCCCCGAAGGGGGCGAUGCGCCGCUGCUGCUGUGGGGCCGUAACGAUGGCAGCCGGAGGAGUCUUCCUUUACAGGGCGUGGCGGUGGAAUGUUUUCCGCUGGACGACUACUAUGGCUUUCGCAUUCUGCCGUUGCCGCAGAGUUUGGCGGCAGAUCCCAUCGAUUUCGCCACCACCGAAGGGGACCAAAGAGACCUCUGGAUGGCGGCCAUUUCCAUUGCAUCGGCAUACAAGCCCAAAGAUCCAGUAGCAGGUGGAGUGGGUUUAGCUCAUGGUUUUGCUCGGCGCCCUGCGACACCGUCAACAGGAAUCAUAUGUUACUUGUUGUGCAGCGGACAGCGCUCGAAAUCGCAACCUGCCUGGUACUGGCACAGUUUGCGUUUCCUCGGCACUGUGUAUGUUCUGGUGGUUGCCUAUCGUAGCAGCUUUCCAGCGGAUUAUCCUCACCGAUAUGUCUUCUGGGACAGCAUGUUGAGCAGCAUUCUGAUCCACAGGUCUCUUGCCGCUGUAGAGGAGGUGGCAUGGAUGCUGCAGAUCAUUCUCAUCCAGACCUUCUGUGCUGCCCCUUGGGCAAGAAUCCCAGUUCUCUGCACUUCUACGUGUAUGGGCCUCGUCAUUGUGACAGCGGAGUGCUUCUCAUUCACCGGAACCAUAACGCAGAGUUUCUGCUGGUUUGCAUGGGAGGAGACUUGCUGGGCCGUCAGCUUUGCCAUGGGCCUUCCAGUCUACAUACAUUUGCUGAUCGCGGAUGGCAAGCUUCGCAGGCGCAGGGUCAAGGAGGCGCCGAAGGGUGGCGAGGAGAGGGGCGCAUUCGAUGGGAAAGACUUUGGUUUGGUGAUGACGCUUUUCUGCAUUGGCUAUGUGCCCUACAUGGCAGCCGUGGAUGUUCCGUCCUACUGGAAGGAUCACCAAACUCAGCAGCUACAAAGUUUCGUGCCGAACAGCUUCGCGGAAGGGGUCUGGAACGCCUUGACCUUCAGGGAUGUCACUCACAACUUGUCACUCUGGCAGCCUUCUCUCCUUUGGAAGAGUCUAUACUUCACCCUGGGGCCAUGGCUGAGCAUGGCCAUGAUGACGGCGCCAGUGGUUGAGGUGGAUGAGGUAGGCAAACCUUCUGAGUGUACCAGCUCUGUGGACGUGGACGUCUAG